GGCAUGCGGAGGGGACAAGGGGGAGGUCCGCAAACGUCCGUGCGGGGGAGCGCAGGCCAGGCGGCCGAGGCCCGCGCGGAGUGUGGGGGAGGCGCCCUCUGCCCCCUCUGCCGGCCGCUUUCGGUCUGCCUGGAUGUCAGCCACGAGCUCCCAGCCAGCCAGAGAGAGCCAGAGAGGGAGCGGCGGCUGGCGGCGGGGAGGGGAAGAGGCGAGGCGAGGGAGGGAGGCAGGGAGGGCGGGAGGGAGGAGAGGAGGACCCAGAGAGCGCCAGGCAGCUGGAGUUUUUGCAGCGCUUGGCCGGGCUUCAAUGCACAGCAGCAGCGAGCCGCGGCGGCAGCAGGCAGCCCGGGAGCUCCGGCGGCGGCCGAGCCAGCGGCAGCCCCGCUCCCUGCCCCCUGCAAACUUUGCGAGCAGCCCGCCCGGGGGGCCGGGGGCGCGCCCGGGAGGCCGGGCUCGGCCCGCGGCCGCACUCUCCGCAGCCGCAGCACCAGCCUCCGCCGCAGCCCCGCGCCUCCCCGGGGAGCAGCCGGCGGUUCCCGCGGCCCCCCAACCCCGGCCCCUCAGCACUGCCCGGCCAGUCCCCCAGCAGGGGCGGGGGCAGCAGCGGCGCGGCCGGCUGCGGGCUGCUGGGGGGCGGCCGCCGCUGCCCAGGGAGACGCGCAGAGGCGCCGAGAGCGCUCCCCGGCGGGUCCCCAGCGCACUCGCUGCGCCCGGGCAGCGGCCCGACCAGGAGAGCAUGGGCGGCGCGGAGUGACGCCGCCGUGCCCGCUUGGCAUCAAGGACAUUCAGCCCGCGGGGGUGGGACGAAGGGGAACAGCCCGCGUCGCCGCUGCCGCUGCUCGGGCUCUGGUGCUGGGUGGAGGAAAGGGGUGCUUGGAAUCGAUCCACAUUUUCCGACCUUUUUGUUGGACAUUCGGCCCACGUUGGACGCUGCAAGAGGAGCUGUCAAGCCCCGCAGGCUCUGAUUCCGCCCUCCGUCUUCCUCGCCUCCUCCCGGGCUCCCGGUGGCUCGGUGGAGUAUUUGCGUUCCGGGCUCGGGCUGAGGAGGCAGCCACACGCGCGCACACGUUCAGAGGAGGGCGAAAGGCAGCGGCGCCCGCACCAUCUGCAGUGUCAAUGCGGCGCUCCCGCUGAAGGAGGCAACAGCGGAGCUUCUAGGAAACGCUGACCUCAGUGUGAGCGGGCCACAGGCCACAGCUGGGGUUGGCUGGAACAGACCACAGGAAGCAGAUUCUGCUUCUAGAUCAUCUGGGUGUGGAUGUGGGUGCCAGAGAUAGGUACUCAGAGCAGCAGGAGCAGCCUGCAAGGUACACCCCGAGCGCCUGGCUUCUUCAGGAACCAGAAUUAGAAAGAACCACAUUUUUAUGGUGUGGGGCCCCCUGGAGCACCCC